AUGUAUGGUUGUGAACCAGUGGAGUUAAGUUCACCAACAUCUUCAGAACCUGUGACUGUGCAGUAUGUUCCUGAAUUUUUAUUUGGAGACAUGUUUAUGCAAACAUCACAGGCGAAUGCAUUAUCAGCUCGAAAGAAUCGAAACAUUGAUGGACCACCCACGGUCAGCAUCUUCGAUGAUCCACUUUAUAUUCCAACACCAUUAAAGAAAAGAAAAUCUUUUCUUUCUACUGUCCACCUGGAUCCCUUCAGCAGGCAGGUCAGCAUCAUCAAUGAGCCACCUUAUGAUCCAACACCAUUAAAGAAAAGAAAGUCCUUUAUUUCUACUGCCCACCUGGGCCCCUUCAGCAAGCAGGUCAGCAUCAUCGAUGAGCCACCUUAUGAUCCAACACCAUUAAAGAAAAGAAAGUCCUUUAUUUCUACUGCCCACCUGGGCCCCUUCAGCAAGCAGGUCAGCAUCAUCGAUGAGCCACCUUAUGAUCCAACACCAUUAAAGAAAAGAAAGUCCUUUAUUUCUACUGCCCACCUGGGCCCCUUCAGCAAGCAGGUCAGCAUCAUCGAUGAGCCACCUUAUGAUCCAACACCAUUAAAGAAAAGAAAAUCCUUUCUUUCUACUGCCCACCUCGGCCCCUUCAGCAACCAUGGUAAAAGACAGGCGCUGGAUGACACUUGGGGAAAAGUAUCUGACUCCACAGGAGUUGUAAAUAUUAAAGGAAAAUAUAGUCUGCCUAAGACCAGAAUGCGCAAGCUUGCUGCAGGCUACAGCGCCUCCAGCAGUCCAUCCAGUGUUACGCAACAGCCGCAGAUUUGUAAAGAAGGUAUCCUCUCAAGGGUGAUUACAUACCUGUUCCAAUUGUAA